CAAGGAGAAGAUGCUUACCAUACUGCUGAUCGAAGUGAGUUUAUAGGUCGACGAAUCAUCAAACAGUUGGCGAAGGGAGACCCCGUCUCCAUGCUGGAUAUUGUGCAGAGACAUCAUGAUGUCUCGUUUUAUUCGGGAGACAUUGUAGAUGAUCGGGACGCGCUGGAUAUAUUGAACAAGUCGGGCGCUAUGUGUACCGUACACGCUACCUUACUACAGCGAGGCGCGAAAGACCCCUCCAUCUACAUCAAGGUCAACGUCGAGGGCACCCGAGCUGUCAUCGAUGCAGCUAUUGCAGCUGGUGUCUGCAGGCUCGUCUACACGAGUUCUGCAAGUGUCGUAUUUAAUGGCACUGACGUCGUGAAGGUCGAC